AUGAACUUAAUAUCAACCACAUACUUGGCAGGAACAAACGAUCUCCAUCAUGCUAAGGACACAGAUUCUCCUGGACAAAGAAGCACUGGUCAAGAUAUAGUGGACAGAGAAGGAGGGGUUGGGCAGGAGAGCAGGGGCGAUGAUACAAGUGAUACCGACGAGGAACGCAGGAAGAGAGAGGAAGACGCCGAUGAUAACGUUGAUGAUGAUCGUAGGAAGAGAGACGAAGACACCAAUGAUACCGGCGAUGAUGAGCGAAAGAAGAGAGAAGAAGACACGGAUGAUACGGACAACAAUGAGAGUAGGAAGAGAGAAAAAGACACCGAUGAUACCGAUUAUAAUGAUGAUACCAACGAUGAUCAGCGAAGGAAGAGGGAAAAAGACACCGAUGAUACUUACGACGAUGAGCGCAGGAAGAGAGAAGAAGACACCGAUGAUACUGAUGACAAUGAGCAUAGAAAGAGAGAAGAAGACACCGAUGAUACUGAUGAUGAGCGUAGGAAGAGAGAAGACACUGAUGAUACUGAUGAUACUGAUGGCAAUGAGCGUAGGAAGAGAGAAAAAGACACCGAUGAUACCGAUUAUGAUGAUGAUACUGACGAUGAUGAGCAUAGGAAGAGAGAAGAAGACACCGAUGAUACUGAUGAUUCUGAUGACAAUGAGCGUAUGAAGAGAGAAGAAGACACUGAUGAUACUGAUUAUGAUGAUGAUACCGACGAUGAUGAGCAUAGGAAGAGUAAAGAAGACACUGAUGAUACUAAUGAUACUGAUGAUGAUGAGUGUAGGAAGAGAGAAAAAGACAACGAUGAUGCCGUUUAUGACGAUGAUGCCGACGAUCAUACCGAUGACAAUGAGCAUAGGAAGAGAGAAGAAGACACCGAUGAUACUGAUGAUACUAAUAACAAUAAGCGUAGGAAGAGAGAAAAAGACACAGACCAUACCAAUUAUGACGAUGAUACCGACGAUGAUACCGAUGAGGAUGAGCAUAGAAAGAGAGAAGAAGACACCGAUGAUACUGAUUAUGACGAUGAUACAGACGAUGAUGAGCAUAGGAAGAGAGAACAAGACACCGAUGAUACCGAUAAUGAUGAUGAUACCAACAAUGAUGAGCAUAGGAAGAGAAAAGAAGAUGCCGAUGAUACUGAUGAUUCUGAUGACAAUGAGCGUAGGAAGAGAGAAAAAGACACCGAUGAUACUGAUUAUUGUGAUGAUACUGACGAUGAUGAGCAUAAGAAGAGAAAAGAAGACACUGAUGAUACUAAUGAUACUGGUGAUUAUAAGUGUAGGAAGAGAGAAAAAGACACCGGUGAUUCUGAUUAUGACGAUGAUAUCGAUGAUGAUGAGGGAAGGAAGAGAGAAGAUGACACCGAUGAUACCGAUGACGAUGUUCAUAGGAAGAGAGAAGAAGACACCGAUGAUACCGAUGAUACCGAUGAUACUGAUGAUACCAACAACAAUGUUCAAAGGAAGAGAGACGAAGACACCCAUGAUACUGAUGAGGAUGAGCAUAGAAAGAGAGAAGAAGACACCGAUGAUACUGGUGAUACUGAUGACAAUGAGCGUAGGAAGAGAGAAAAAGACACCAAUGAAACCGACGAUGAUGAGCAUAGGAAGAGAGAAGAAGACACCGAUGAUACUGAUGAUACUGAUGACAAUGAGCGUAGGAAGAGAGAAAAAGACACUGAUGAUACUGAUGAUGACAAUCAUAUCGACGAUGAUGAGCAUAGGAAGAAAGAAGACAGCGAUGAUACUGAUGAUACUGAUGACAAUGAGCGUAGGAAGAGAGAAAAAGACACCAAUGAUAUCGAUGAUGAUGAGCAUAGGAAGAGAGAAGAAGACACCGAUGAUGCUGAUGAUGAGCGUAGGAAGAGAAAAGAAGACAGUGUUGAUACUGAUGAUUCUGAUGACAAUGAGCGUAGGAAGAGAAAAGAAGGCACCGAUGAUACCAAUUAUGACGAUGGUACUGAUGACGAUGAGCGAAGGAAGACAGAAGAAGACACUGAUGAUACCGAUGAUACUGAUGAUACUGACGACAAUGUUCAGAGGAAGAGAGAAGAAGACACAGUUGAUACCGAAGACACUGAUAACACCAAUGAUGAUGAUGAUGGUCGUAGGAAGAGGGAAGAAGACUCUGAUGAUACCGAUGACGAUGUUCAUAGGAAGAGAGAAGAAGACACCGAUGAUACCGAUGAUACCGAUGAUACCGAUGAUAUUGAUGACACCGAUGACGAUGUUCAUAGGAAGAGAGAAAAAGACACCGAUGAUACUGAUGACAGCAGCGAGAAUGAUGAUACCAACGACGAUGAGCGUUGGAAGAGAGAAAAGGACACCGAUGAUACCGACGACGACCCCAGGAAGUGAGAAGUAUACACCACGUGAUAGGAGAAGAUAAUAAGGUUUCGUAUUAUGGAAAGGGCUACUCUGCAGAGGAAACGAAGUACUCGGUGGACCCCAAAACGGUGGGAAAAAGUCAUUUGGUGGAAACUUUUUUUCUCGACACACGGCACAGUAGCUGCAGUGAACCAAC